GGAAACUUGCCAAAAUAUUCACACAACUCUCUGAUGGUUCAAGCCCUGAAGACUAACUUAACAGACCCAGAUGUCCAUAUUCUCUUCUUUGAUGUGGAAGCUCUGAUUAUUCAGUUACUAACUGAGGAAGCCUCCAGGCCUAACACAGCCCUUAUUUCCCCUGAGAAUUUACAGAAAGCAUCUGGCAGCUCUGACAAAGGGAGUCCCUUCCUUGCUGGCAAACGAGCCGCAGUCCUGCUUCAGCAGGUCAAAGAAACAGUCAAAGAAACAAUCAAAGAAAACAUAAAAGAACGUCUUUUCGACGAAGAUGAUGAGGACGAGGAAGCCAGACGAAGAGAGGACGGGGAUCCCGAAUACCGGUCUAGCAAAUCAAAGCCGUUAACUCUCCUAGAAUAUAACCUAACCAUGGACACAGCCAAGCUGUUUAUGUCGUGUCUUCACGCUUGGGGCUUGAACACUGUUCUAGAUGAACUUUGCAGUGAGCGCCUAGGGAUGUUGCGGCCUCACCGUUCUGUCUCUUUUGGCUUGCUUUCAAGAGGCGGCCACAUGUCUUUGAUGCUCCCAGGGUAUCAUAAGCCUGUAGACCAGGGACUCUCUAGUGUUAGCAAAGACAUAGUAAAGCCUGACCCUCUGACAGAGCGACACAUCAGGGGGACGUACGGCAUUUCACGUGCAGUAACAACCCAGCACCUCCUUUCCAUCAUCUCCCUGGCAAACACCUUGAUGAGCAUGACCAAUGCAACUUUUAUUGGAGAGCAUAUGAAAAAGGGUCCAGCCAGGCCACCUAGACCAGGGACUCCUGACCUUGGAAGAGUGAAGACUUCUACUCCACUUGCUAGUCCAACAGCCCAAGGACUGAUUAAACAAGUUGCUCCUGCUGUUUCUGCUAGUACUGAAGGUGAUCAUUCUGGUCCUGCUCCUCCUUUACAUUCCUGUUUCUUAGUAAAUGAAGGAUGGAGUCAGCUUGCUGCUAUGCAUUGUGUUAUGCUCCCUGAACUGUUGGGACUGGAUCAAUUUAGACCACCUCUCCUUGAAAUGUUGGCUCGUAGAUGGCAAGAUCGAUGCUUGGAGGUAAGAGAAGCUGCACAAGCCUUACUCUUGGCAGAGCUGAGGAGAAUUGAACAGGCGGGCAGGAAGGAAACCAUUGAUACCUGGGCUCCUUAUUUACCUCAGUAUAUGGACAGUGUUAUAUCACCUGGAGUGACGGCAGAAACCAUUCAGACCGUUAACGUUACCCCUGAACAAUCAGGACCUGAAGCCAAAAUUCAAGAAGAAGAACAUGAUCUGGUUGACGAGGACAUCUCAGGAGGUACGCUGUCUGGACUUCCACAAAUUAAAAAAAUAUCUCUGUCAUAUGAAGAGAGACGGAAGCAAGCUACCGCCAUCGUUCUGCUGGGAGUAAUUGGAGCAGAGUUUGGAGCAGAAAUAGAACCUCCGAAGUUGUUAACAAGACCACGCAGUUCUAGUCAAAUUCCAGAAGGUUUCGGCUCAACAAGUGGGGGAUCCAACUAUUCCUUGGCAAGGCACACCUGCAAAGCUUUGACCUAUCUCCUGCUCCAACCUCCCAGUCCAAAGCUUCCUCCUCACAGCACCAUUCGAAGAACUGCCAUUGACCUCAUAGGAAGAGGUUUUACAGUGUGGGAGCCUUAUAUGGACGUGUCCGCUGUGCUGAUGGGCCUUUUGGAACUCUGUGCGGAUGCCGAAAAGCAACUUUCAAACAUCAAAAUGGGGCUGCCUCUGAGUCCAGCAGCGGACUCCGCCCGCUCUGCACGACACGCUCUCUCCCUCAUUGCCACGGCGAGGCCACCCGCUUUCAUCACCACUAUUGCCAAGGAGACUCUAUACUUAACGUUUUGCUCUGAGUACCCACUCUUAAAUGUCAGGGACUGUAACCUAGAGGUUCAAUCCUCUUCUUUGGAUAUGCUUGACCCUCAAGAAUUGGAAGAGGACACCACAUAUGAAUGUUGGCAAAUCUAUAAAAAUAUUAAUUUCCACAUGAACCAGGAUCCAAGAGGUCAUUUUAGCGAUGCCAACAAAAGGUUUAUCCUGAGCACUCAUGCUGCAGAUGUCAUGAGUGACAGUGAUAGAGCAAGCAAAUGUGGAAGUAAGGAAUUGCUGCUCGCGGAAUGA